AUGGCAAAUCACAAUAACAAAGGCCUUUUUGGGAGAAUCCUCAGAGCAUUUAGAUCUAGCUGUGGCACUGAUGACGACGCAUGGGCUGACCUCUCGCCGUGGGAUUUAUGCGUCAAUUCGUAUAGUGGCCCGCAACAACCUCCUAAUGAUAUUCCUCGAGUCGUUUCGAUAACAGAUGAAGCUAGCGAUAUGGUGUCCGGUCUUCAUACUAUCAAUCAAACUCGAGGCCCGGUGGAGCAGAAAUCGAGUUUUGAGAGCGAAGCAGAUCUUUCAGAAAUCUUUGCAUUCAAAACAAUUCGAAAAAGGCCAGAAUCAAAACAAAAGAGACGAGAUUCUCCACCAUCACAGGAAUAUGAAAGUAUAACUCAUGGCUUGCCAUCUCAAUAUGUACAUCUAGGUCAACAGCAGAAUCUUCCAGUAGCACUUAUGGCAGAGCAACCAAGACAAGAGGAAAAGGUUGUCGGCGAUAUCCCUCGGAACAUCUACACGCGACCGAGGGUACAGCAUCAUAUUGUCAGACUAUAG